UAUUCCUGUUUUUAAUCCAUCAAUGAAUUCAUCAUUUCGACUGAAUUAUUCAAUGCCAUGCUGCCUCCUAAUCUAGCUGCUCCAGCCUAGCUAUCUCGCUCACGUCGCUUCCAACAGACGCCACGACCAGCUCUCACAGCAAGAGAGGCGUCGCGGCUUUCCGUUACCUCGCCGCCGUGCAGUGCGCGCGCGCGCGCGCAACCGCCGCACCAACCGUUAGCCCCCGACGGCGGAGGCUGCGGCGGGAUCCCAGCUCGGGACUGGGGGAUUCGCGUGUCCCCCCCAGCCACUAUUACAUACAUGCCUCCAUGGAUCCGAUCGCGGACCCCUCGCCGUCGCGGCGGUCGGUGAAGCGGCGGCCGCCCGCUCGGUCGCCGGAGCUGUCGCCGAAGGCUGGGGCUGGGGGCGGGGAGGCGGAGCUGAUCCGGCGUGUGGAGGAGCUGGAGGCGGCGGCGGCGCGGAUGCGGGGGGAGAAGGAGGCCGCGGAGGAGGCGGCGCGGGGGCUGCAGCAGGAGCUGGACGCGGAACGGUCGUCCGCGGAGACGGCCACGAGCGAGGCGAUGCUCAUGAUCGAGCGGCUGCAGCGGGAGAAGGCCGCCGCGCAGAUGGAGGCCCGCCAGUUUCGGCGCUACUCCGAGGGCCGCGCCGACCGGGAGCGCGAGGUCCAGGAGGAGCUCGCCUCGCUCUCCGACCUCGCCGCCUCGUACCACUACCGCCUCCAGGCCCACGGCAUCGACCCAGACACUUUCUCCGACGAGAAUGAGGAGCAGGAUGAGGAGGAGGGCGAAGAGGUGCAGCAGAUCAACAUGUCCGCGUUAGAGGCGGAGCGGAACGGCGGCGACUCGAGCAGUGGCAUGGAGGUGAAAGCCAUGGUUGUUGACAACGACGACGGGGAGGAGGAGCCGUCGUCCCCCGUGGAGAAGGAAUUCGAGUACACGGUGGAUGUUACGUGCGCGAGCACGACGAAGGCGGCCGGGUCGGUGGUGGCGGAGUAUGUGGGGGACGGGAACGCAGGGGGAUUGUACGCGAGGGUGGAGGCGCUGGAGGCGGACAGGGUGGCGCUGCGGAGAGAGAUUGCGGCGCUGCGGGCGGAGAGGGCGCAGCUGGUGAUGACCAGGGAGAUGGCGCGGCGGCUGUGCUGGGAUGUGGUUGCCGAGCAGGGAGCCAUUGUGAAGAAGGCGGCAGUCCCAGCACGCAGCUUUUCGGUGGUCAGGAUUUGCAAGUGGGUGCUCUCAAUAAUAUUUUGGAGAAAUAGAAGUUCUAUGGCCAAGUAUACCUUUGGUUUGUCGACUACUUUCGUUGGCCUCCUGCUGCUUCUCAACAGAUCCACAAUGUUGAGUCCCUGGCGCCGUCUGCCAAGGCCUCAGCGAUGAAUACGACCUUCUCAAUCCUAUGACCAAAUGCCUGUAAAUUCGGAGCUUUGAAUGAUUGUUUGACUCUAUUGUGCAUGUGUAUUGCAUUCUUUGAUGCUUUUUUUCUUUCUUUGGGCUCAUACAGUAUUUGAGUUGUACGUUUUGGUUUUGAAGCUUUGAGCUUGCCAUAUAGUGUGUUAUUUGUUGAUA